AUGAUCUUACUCUAUACAGAUCGAUUUUGCCUUGGUAUAUUACAGGAAGGCGCAGUUGAAGAUACGGAUACCAUCAUACAGACUCCAAAGGACCUCUGCGAUACUGUGUGGAAUGGCAGCCGUCCUUCGCAUGAACUCAUCGCCAAAGACAGCGGCCGCGGCAUGGGCGGAGAGCCAACCUCCUUGCCAAAAUAUAUCAAGCAGUUACCGAGGGAAUUUGGCCUUAUUUCCGCUGUGCUACCUGCUUAUAGGCAAUGUCUAUGCAUCCCGGGCGACCCCCUCAGGAACGAACUACUGCAGAACUACGUCCGUCUCGUGCGUCCUUAUUGUCCUGUUAUUUGUGCCACCGAGAUUAUGACCGCCGUCGAGACCAAUGGACAAAAUGGCGAGCCAAUCAACCUCUUACUAUUCCAAGCCAUCAUGUUCGCGGGCUCUACAUUUGCUAGCGAAGAGGGCAUACUUCUAGAUGGAUUUCCAAGUCGGAAGAGCGCUCAGCACGAGCUGCUCAAGAGGUUACAGCUGCUAUAUGAGCUAGAUGUGGAGAAAGAUCAGACUGUUGUACUGCAGUCCCUCUUGACUGCCACCGCGAGCUGCGGGUUGCCAUGCAAAAUAGAGCUCAUGUGGUCCUGGCUGGGAGACUGUGUGGAAAUUGCGCAAGAAUUGGGGCUUCAUCUCCAAAGCAGGGAUAUCGACCUGGGGGACAGCCAGAAAAGACUGCACCGAGCUUUAUGGUGGCUCAGCUUCUCCAAGGAGCAAGUUCUUGCUUUUGUGCUGCAAAGGCAAUCAAGGGUCACUCUCAAGGACGAUAUUGUCGACGGUGUCGUCGACCCCCAAUGUCCAGAACCUCAUGGAGAUACAUGCCGGGGUUCUUCGUUUUGUUCGUCAAUAUGUGGGACCGUUUUCGCCGAGCUCCUCGCGUCCAAGAUCAGACUAUCUCUCUGUCUGCACAACAUCCUCGCGGACCAAGACGAAUUUCUCAGCCAAAAGCCUAGGAGUGGCACAAGCGUAACCUCAUACAAGCACGAAAUGCGCCGGGUGGUGGAGCGCUAUUAUGGCGACCUACGGAGCUGGCUUCAAAAUUCUCAUUAUAACGUAUAUGAUGAUGCCGAACAAGCACCCUCGUCAACCAUCCACCGAGCGGAACUCAGAAUAUUAUUCUACGUCGUCCUAGGGCUACUUGAGCAUAUUCGUCUAACGGAAGGUAUCGUUGAGCCGAGUCAAAAUUCAGCACUGACGCAAGAUCCUCUUGAUGGCUUAAGACAUGUCACUCUGAGCGUCUUGAAAAUAGCGAACAGCCUCAAGACCGACAAAGGGAUGAAGAUUUUCUAUGGAAUCACGGUGAUACCUUUGCUCAUUGUCUAUAACCAAGUCGCUGUCACCGCAUUUGCCGCCAUUGGAUGGAUAUACUAUAUCGUUUUCAUCUUCAUACCUGCGUGUGGUCUGCCGAUCAUCUGGUUUCAAUUUCUGGAAACAAACAACCUCUUCCUGGAGGAGAUUGCUGCUGUCUUUGGCGAAGAAGUGGCUCUGGGCCUAUCGGAUCUGUCCAUCGAACAGAAAGAAGAACUCGACGAGCAGAUUGUGAAGAUGGAUACCAACGCUCUUGCGAAUAAAGAGUGGACUGUUCCCAAUAAGCCGAGCGCCACCAUUGUACAACACGUUCCUCAGUGA